UAAUAAGAACAUAACACUAUUAACACACAAAAUACCACAAAGACGCAUCAAAGAAUUGUAACGGGAAAUGGAACUGAUUGCUUUUUUUGGGAUAGGCCUCGCUGCCGGGGUGGUUAUAGGCUUGGUGGUUCUUGCGGUAUGGUUCCUCGUCAAAAAGUUCAGGAAGUCGUAAUUAAUUAAUAGCCAAAAUGUGUUUAAAUGUAAUAACCUUAUCAUAAUAUUAAGACAUAUUUUAAUAAUUAGUAGUUUCAUGGAUGAUAUAUAUAUAACUGACGAGAGUUUGUAUUUCUUGAAUAAUUAAGUCAUAUUUUACAAAGUAUAAGCGAUAAACAGAUGUGUACAUAGUCGAAAAAUCGUGUCUAUGUAUGACUAUUGCUACACUAGUUUGAAAUAUGUUUGGAUAAUGAAUCAUACUCACCAAUUUAUGUAUUGCUA